AUACAAUUUUGUAAGAGAAAAAGGGGAGCAAAUGACAAGAUACAUGCGAUAACGUAUGAAAGAGAUGAUUAAUAAAAAUCCCAUUUCAAACACCAUAUAUAUCCCCCCCAUAAAACUACUACUCACACACUCACCAAAACCAAAACCAACCCAUCUUUCCCUUCCAUCUUCACACACAAACAAUGGCUUCAAUCCUCUCACUCUUCCUCUCUUUCCUCUUCCUCAUUUCAUCAUCAACUGCAACAACCAAUCCUUCUUCCCACUCCUCAUUACACUUUUCUCCAUCUCUUAGAAAAACCGGCCACCAACUGAUCAAAGACCUCAAUUUGCACCCAAAUCUUGAAGUCAACAUCCUUAAGCCAUUCACCAAUUCUUCUGAUGCUGAAUUCAAAGUUUUUGAAUCCGGGGUUGUUGAGAAACGGUUGUCGUUCCAGGUUCUUGGCGAAUCUGGUGCAACCGUGCAAGACCUGGCUCAACGGGCUGGAUAUUUUCAUCUCAAACAUACCAUAGAUGCAAGGAUGUUCUACUUUUUCUUUGAAUCAAGAAAAGCCAAAGCUGACCCUGUGGUCAUAUGGCUAACAGGAGGACCAGGGUGCAGUAGUGAAUUGGCUCUUUUUUAUGAGAAUGGUCCUUUUAAGAUCACCAACAACUUGUCUCUUGUCUGGAAUGAUUAUGGCUGGGAUAAGGUUUCUAACAUCAUAUUUGUUGAUCAACCUACUGGAACUGGUUUUAGUUAUAGUUCUAGUGAUCAAGACAUUCGCAGCGAUGAAACUGGUGUUAGCAAUGACCUCUACAACUUCUUACAGGCAUUCUUCAAGGCACAUCCGGAUUAUGUCAACAACGACUUCUACAUCACGGGAGAAUCAUAUGCAGGACACUACAUUCCAGCCCUUGCUGCUAGGAUUAACCAAGGAAACAAAAACAAAGAAGGGAUUCCUAUAAACUUGAAGGGAUUUGGAAUUGGAAAUGGGCUAACUGAUCCUGGAAUCCAGUAUCAAGCCUACACAGAUUAUGCAUUGGCCAAUAAUAUAAUUUCUAAAUCAGAUUAUAACCAAAUAAACCAAAAGAUUCCAUCUUGUGAGCGGGCAAUCAAACAAUGUGGCACAACGGGUACAUUCACGUGUCAAAUGGCUCUCAACAGUUGCCAACAAAUUUUUGAGGAUAUACUUUCUAUUACAGACAACAUAAAUUACUACGAUAUAAGGAAGAAAUGUGAGGGGACCUUGUGCUAUGACUUCUCAAACUUGGAACAUUUUCUAGUCCAAUCAUCAGUUAAAACAGCAUUAGGGGUACCAGAAAAAAUAGAAUUCGUUUCAUGUAGCGAUAGAGUGUACCAGGCAAUGAUCAAUGACUGGAUGAGAAAUCUUGAAGUCGGGAUUCCAGCACUUCUGGAACAGAAUAUUCAAUUGCUUGUAUAUGCUGGAGAAUAUGAUCUUAUUUGCAACUGGCUUGGGAACUCGAGAUGGGUUCAUGCCAUGUCAUGGUCUGGGCAGAAAGACUUCAUUGCAGCUUCAGAUGUUCCAUUUUUGGUUGAUGGGAAAGAAGCUGGGAUUCUAAAGAAUCAUGGGCCUCUCACUUUCAUUAAGGUUCAUGAUGCUGGACACAUGGUUCCUAUGGAUCAACCGAGAGCUUCACUACAGAUGUUGGAGCUAUGGACGACAGGGAAACUUACUCCACCUAAAAAGGGCGCGAUUUCACCUCUCUGAUUGUUUUGCAGGAUCUGAAGAGAAAGAAAACCACAAAAAGCUUCCACUAUGUUACAAAGAUCCCUGCGUUGAAUGCAUUUGCAUGUUUGUGUGCAUAUUCACCAUAAACAAAGAAAAAAGUCAUAACUUUACAUGUAAUUAGACAGCAAUUCUUAUUCAGUGUUAUACGAAAGAAGUAAGAAAUCAUAAGGAUAAAUGAUGCUGCUUGUUAAUUGAGCAUUAAUUUAAUUGUUUUCGU